CAACCCCCAAGCUUCCAUGAAACCCACUCUGCUCUCUCACUCACUCUCAUUCCCAAACCCAAACGAUGAAGCAGCUUCACCUGCCUUCCGUCCAAACAAUGAUAUCCGCCGCAGCCUCCGCCGCAGCCACAACCAUGCUGCUCCGCUCCCUGGCCCGCGACUACGUCCCCCGCGAGCUCCACCACUGGAUUCACUUGAAGCUCUCGAAGCUGCUGUCGUCGCUCUUCUUCUCCUCUCAACUCACCCUCGUCAUCGAAGAGUACCAUGGCCUCUCCCACAACCACCUCUUCAACGCCGCGCAGCUCUACCUCACUCCUCACACCUCUCCCAACUCCACUCGCUUCCGUGUUACCAUGCCGAAAAAGGCCACCUCCAUCUCCGUCUUCAUGGACCGCAACGACGAGAUCGUUGACCUCUUCAACGGCGUCAAAUUCACGUGGAAACUCGUCGCCAAACACAUCCCUUCCACCUACAUUCGAACCCCUGGCUCCAACCGCCACGACUACCCAACCCUCAAAUCCGAGAUCCGUUACUACGAGCUGCGGUUCCACGCUAGGCACAAGGACAUGGUGUUCACGCAAUACCUACCUCACGUGAUGGAGAAGGCCAAGGAGGCGCGGCAAAAGCAGAAGCCACUGAAGCUGUUCACGCUGAGUGACCAGCGCGUGUUCCGCAGUCGCGGCAGCGCGUGGCAGUCUGUGAAUCUGGAUCAUCCGGCGACGUUCGAUACUCUGGCGAUGGAUGAAGACGCCAAGAACGCAAUCGUGGAGGAUUUGGAGAGGUUCGUGGCGAGAAAAGAUUUAUAUAGGAAGGUUGGGAAGGCGUGGAAGCGCGGUUACUUGCUGUAUGGUCCACCCGGCACUGGCAAAUCGAGCUUGAUCGCCGCCAUGGCUAAUUACCUGAGAUUUGAUGUCUACGAUCUGGAGCUGACUGAUGUUAGGAGCAAUUCUUUCCUCAGGAAGUUACUGAUUUCCACUGCCAAUAGAUCCAUUCUCGUUGUUGAAGACAUUGAUUGUUCUCUUGAACUUCACAAUAGGCUCACCAAGACUCCGAAACCCCAAGGCCCUGCUCACGAAUUUCACAAUCAACAACCUCAGGUGACUUUAUCAGGGUUCUUGAAUUUCAUAGAUGGGUUGUGGUCCAGCUGUGGGGACGAGAGGAUCAUAUUAUUUACCACGAAUCGGAAGGACAAAAUAGACCCUGCCCUUCUGCGUCCUGGCCGUAUGGACGUCCACAUUCACAUGUCUUACUGCACCCCCUCUGGAUUCAAGAUGCUGGCAUCCAAUUACCUUGGGGAGGGGGUCGCCGCACAUCCACUUUUUCCACAAACUCUGGACCUUAUGCAGACAUCUAAAGCCACUCCUGCAGAGGUGGGAGAGCUCUUGCUCAAGAAUGAGGACUCUGAGUCUGCACUGCAAAGUGUCAUCCAACUCUUGUUGGACAAGAACAGGGGAGAAAAUGAUGAAUGCAAGGCUGUACAAGGGGAAUGCAGCCAAACUUUUGGAACUCAAGGAUGACAACAAAAGCUUGGAUUAGCUGAAAACAAAUAGUAUAUAACUAUAUAUUGUUCUGUUAUUACAUUGGAAUUCAUGUGGUUAACCAAUACAAUAUCCAAGUUUGAGAUUAAGCCAGAAAGCAAGCAAUUUUCAUACAUCAAACGAAAGAAAAGAAUAAGCAAGAGAAGUAGAGUAUCAUGGAUUCAUGCUAUAUUAGUUCUCUCAUAAGUUUUUGAAGCCAUUUUGGCUGAUCACCAUGUACUGAAACUUUCUUAGAAUAAUGAAAAAAAAAGGGAACAUUACAAAUGUCA